AUGUCAUCUGCUGCCCCCGUUGCUUGGAGACAUGCAUCCCGCGCCUAUUCGAGGCAUUUAUCCUCGGGCGCUUGGACAGCCCCUCGUGCUCUAGCUAUUCGCAGUGCUCGAUCAUAUACCACCGAGACCAAGGCCGCCCGAGCCCAGAUCAAAUUGGACACCGCCAUCAAGGGAGAACAACAGUCUUUCACGAAGCAGACUGGUGUCUCUGCGCAAAAUGUCAUACUUCCCAGCUCAUCGGCCUCUGCUGAUGCAGCUUUAAGCCCGACGGCCGGAAUCCUCAAGCAGGCUACUGUCAUGGACCAGGGCACCCGUCCUAUCUACCUCGAUAUGCAGGCGACCACCCCCCUGGACCCCCGUGUUCUCGACGCCAUGCUCCCAUACCUCACUGGAAUUUACGGAAACCCACACUCGCGCACGCACGCAUAUGGUUGGGAGUCGGAGAAAGCCGUGGAGCAGGCCCGUGAGAACAUCGCCAAACUGAUCGGCGCCGACCCCAAGGAAAUCAUUUUCACCAGCGGUGCGACCGAGAGUAACAAUAUGAGCUUGAAGGGUGUGGCGCGGUUCUUUGGAAGGUCCGGCAAGAAGAAGCACAUUAUCACCACCCAGACCGAGCACAAGUGUGUGUUGGACAGCUGUCGCCAUUUGCAGGAUGAGGGAUUCGACGUCACAUACCUGCCCGUUCAGAACAACGGGUUGGUUCGCAUGGAGGAUCUCGAAGCAGCAAUGCGCCCGGAUACUGCCAUCGUCAGUAUCAUGGCUGUAAACAAUGAGAUCGGUGUGAUCCAACCCAUGGAGGACAUCGGUCGUCUCUGCCGGUCGAAGAAGAUCUUCUUCCACACUGAUGCUGCUCAGGCUGUUGGAAAGAUCCCACUUGAUGUCAACAAGCUGAACAUUGACUUGAUGUCUAUCUCCAGUCACAAGAUCUACGGCCCGAAGGGUAUUGGUGCCUGUUACGUUCGUCGCCGUCCCCGUGUCCGUCUGGACCCAAUCAUCACCGGUGGUGGCCAGGAGCGUGGUCUGCGCAGUGGAACCCUUGCUCCCCACUUGAUCGUGGGAUUCGGUGAGGCAUGCCGAUUGGCAGCACAGGAUUUUGACUACGACCGAAAGCACAUUGACCGUCUGUCUAAGCGCCUGUCCGAUGCCCUGCUUGGCAUGGAGCACACCACUCUGAAUGGUUCCCCCGAUCACCACUACCCCGGUUGCGUCAACAUCUCCUUCGCCUACGUCGAGGGCGAGUCCCUCCUGAUGGCCCUGAAAGACAUUGCAUUGUCCUCCGGAAGUGCCUGUACCUCAGCCUCUCUUGAGCCCAGCUACGUUUUGCGAGCUCUGGGUAGCAGCGAUGAGAGUGCCCACAGCAGUAUUCGCUUUGGAAUUGGCCGUUUCACCUCUGAUGCGGAGAUCGACUACGUAAUCAAGGCAGUUCAGGAACGUGUGGACUUCCUUCGUGAGCUGAGCCCCUUGUGGGAGCUGGUUCAGGAUGGAAUUGACCUGAACACAAUUGAGUGGAGCCAGCACUGA